GCUGGACCCUGAGAAAUCCAACAGCAGCAGCGAGGUUGUAGCCCAGGCUGUGUGGGUUCCAGGUUUGAGGAGGAAAAUUGUGCGACCUGGUCCUACACCGUCACACAACCAGGUUUCCGGGGAUCCAGGUGUGGUUUGGCACCGGCGCAGUCCUUCUGGCUUUUGUAUCCACUAUGGGUCCAUGAGGCACCGAAGUUGAAAUUCAGCAGUUUGGUUUUCCUGCUGCAUCGUGCAGUCCCCGCGUGUGCAGCUUGCGGUCGUUCCUCCGGGUUUUGCCCAGUCCUUCAGCCGCUCUCCCUUGGCCCCAGGCACUACCUCAGUCAUCGCCAUGAGUUCCAGUGGGAGCCUCAACCCGCAGUCGGAAAGCUUUGAGAGCCGGCCAACGUUCUACAUCGGGCAGCAUGACUCGACCCGUUCCGAGGCGCUCUCGGACGACCAGUACGCCCAAGUGCUGAACAGCGGUGUAAGUCCAAGCGCGGUGUCAUUACGAGCACCGGUCCUGGGUCGUGGCGGCGCUGACCAAGAGCAGUUCCGCUUCGUGACGGCGCCCAUCACAAACCGGCAUUUCUUCGACCGGGUGGUGAAGUUGCACAGGGACUACCUCCGUGAGCGAGAGGAGUGGGUUCAGCAGAGGGGGCUCACCGCGAGCCAGCAGGCGAACCCGUCCCUGCCGGGCCCUGUUGUGCCGACCCUGACGGACGAGGACACCUCGCUGUUCCCAAGCAACUACAUCGGCUCUCUCGCUGCCUACGCCAGCCCCUGGAUUGAUUUGUGCUCCCCUGACCCCCACGUGUCGAGUCUCUCUCGCCAGGUGCUGAAUCUCGAAGCAGCGUACGCCAACUUCUGCGGCGCGAGAACCAUCAUCGUGCCUGGGCCGCGGCAGGAUGACAGCAGCCGCGGCAUUGCUCAGUACGCCCGCGCCAUCCGGGAAGCGCUGAACGUGGCAAACCGGGCCAACAUCAUCAUCCAUAUGCCCAUGUACCGGGAGCCCGGUCUGGAGGAGAAGGCAGAGACGCUCUCCACCAUCUUCGGUCCCGAGAAUGGCCCGGAAGCAGGUGCUAAGAAAGAGAUUGACCUCUUCAGCGCCUGGGAUUCUUGGAACACCAUCCGAUCCAUGUGCAACUACUCGAUGAGGUUGUUUGUCGGUAUGCUUCUUGACCAUCUUGGCCCCAUCCAGGGAGGGGGACGGUGCUUUAUCUCAGCUGCUGACCUGUACACAGCCAUUCGAAUUCCGCGCCGUGUGCCUGAAAAGGCUCUCCAGGAGCGCUGGUUUGCCGAACCGCUGCAUUACUUGACGAUUGGAGCCGAGACAUUCCAGCCAAACCGUGCCGGACAUCCGUCGCUGAGUAAACACCACCAGGACAUGAUCAAUCGUUACAUGAGACUGAGAAAUCCGCCCUGGUUAAUACUCUGCGAUGUGGGACCGCGCCCGGAAGAGCUCGCAGUUCUCCCUGAUCCAACGGCGGCCGAGUUCCCGUCGCUGGCAGAAGCGAAUCAGGCCCUCAGGGAGAACCGGCGACCCCAUAUGCCAAGUCUGAACGCCCACGUCGGAUACAUGAAACACCUCGAGCGCCAGCAGCCCCCGUUUUCGGCCAUGGAGACUCCCGCCCUCAUGAGUUUCCAGGACUGGCUGCAGCCACCGCUGCAGCCGCUGGCCGACAACCUGGAGUCGGCAACGUACGAGGUGUUUGAGGGCGACCCAGUGAAGUACGACCAGUACGAGAAAGCCAUCACCGAGGCCAUGAUUGAGUGGAAGGAUCUCAAGAAGCCGACGUCAACGGCAACGCCCGAGAACCCUUCCAGCCCUGAGCUGGUGGUCACCGUCGCCGGAGCCGGCCGCGGGCCCCUGGUCACGCGCGCGUUGCGUGCCGCCGAGAAGACCGGCACGCCCAUUCAGAUCUGGGCGCUCGAGAAGAACCAGGACGCCUUCGUCUAUCUGCUCAGAAAGAAUAGGCUUGAAUGGAAUAACCAGGUAACACUCGUCAAGACCGACAUGCGUGGCUGGGAAGGCCCGCGCCUCAAGGGCAGAGAGGACGUCAUCGGCAAGGUUGACAUCCUCAUAACGGAGCUACUGGGCUCCUUCGGCGAUAACGAGCUGUCGCCUGAGUGCCUCGACGGCAUCCAGCGCCACAUCGCCCGUCCCCACGGCAUCUCCAUCCCGCAUUCGUACACCGCUCACCUGAGCCCAAUCUCCACGCCCCGUCUCUUCGCCGACCUCAGCUCCCGAGUGGUCAGCGACCCAAACGCCUUCGAAACGCCCUGGGUGGUCCGCCUCUUCGCCGUCGACUACGUCGCCCAGAAAGUGCCCGGCCACCCGCGCUUCCAGCAGGCGUGGGAGUUCGUCCACCCGGUCGAGGUCGCCCGCGCCGACGACUUUGCGGCGCAGCACGGCAAGGCCGCCGCCAGGUACGUCACGGGCGGCGUAGGCAGCAUGUCCGGGGCGGGCGGCACGAACGAGCACAACGCGCGGCACUGCCACCUGACGUUUGUGUGCCCCACGCGCGGCGUCAUCCACGGGCUGGCCGGCUUCUUCGAAUCGGUCCUGUACGCCCCGCAGGCCGGGGCUGGCAAGGAGCCUGUCGAGAUCAGCAUCCUGCCGGACCAGAUUGACCGGAAGAGCAAGGAUAUGAUCUCGUGGUUUCCCAUCUUCUUUCCGCUCAAGGUAGGUUUUUUUCGGUUCCCGCCGUCCCGAGAUACGAAGCUCGACCUUCAAAUAACACUUUGCCGUAGAGCCCGCUCUACUUCCCGCAGGACACAGAACUCGAGGUCAGCAUGUGGCGGCAAACAGAUGACAGAAAGGUGUGGUACGAGUGGCUGGUGGAGGUAUACGCCUGGGUUGGGCCCAAGACGCGAAUCAAGGUCGGCACGUCGGAUCUCCACAGCAGCCGCAAGGUGGCCUGUUUGAUGUAGGAGUUCAUUUCAAGAAUCCCCCUCUGGGAGCUGUAGAGCUCCUACAUGCUGUGGGUUGAAAAGGGGGUGAGCACCCCGCUCGGCGGCGUAGAGCAGCAUGCAGGCGGAGAUGCAUGCCCACGCCGCAACGCCGCAUCAAUGUUCCAGACUUUUCUUCUUCCGUCCCUCACAGGGGCAUUCCGUCCACGUUUACCAUGCCAUAUCGUGGAUAUCACCUGCUCCUUGGUCCCCCGCCAUCCACGCCCCAGGCGCCGUUGAAGCGGCAGGGCCGUUCCCACCACGCCCGCCGCCGCAGCAACGUGUCCGCCCUAGAAGACACCCUGCCCAUAACCCCCUUUUCUUUUCCCCAUGUCUCGUACCCCACCCUAACCCUCCAUCUUCGUAUCCCGAUCCUCCUCCCCGCCCUUAUCCGCAGCCCUCACGUAAAGCACAUUG